AUGAAUUCUUUUAAAGAUGAUAUUUGAACAAGCAACGACCCUCAGAUUUUGCAGCAAAAAAUAGAGCUGCUUAAAAUUGAGCUCGAAGACUCAAAAAACAAUGAAAAUCAUCUUACUAUCACCUUUAUAUUGGAGCAAAAUAUUGGUAAAAUUCUAUUUUUGGGAUAAAUUAACCCCCUUAAAUUGAAAGAUUUUUUCUUCCAAUUUAAAGGGAGAGUUAAGUGUAUGUAUAAUACCCUAAUGAAAAACUUUACAGCUAAAGCUGAAAAUUCAUUUAGCGUAAUAUUAAUUUAGGGCAAAAUCACAAAUGAAUUAAAACUUGUACGUGAGCAACAUGAAAAAGAAAUUGAAUCAAUUAAGACCCGACAUAAGCGUGAGUUGGAAUUUAGAGAUAUAAAAGAAAAGGAUAUGCAAAACCGAAUAAAUGCAGCAAAUGCUGAAAAUAUGGUGCUUAAGCAGGAAUUAGAAAAAAUAAAUCAAGGAUCAAAAAUAAAGCAUAAUGCUUUUAUAUCUUUUCUCUAAUAUUUAGGGUUUUAUAUAUUUAUUAAAAAAUUAAAUUAUUGCAAAAUUCCAGCUAAAUUGCAAUUAUUUUUACGAAUUAUAAUUAUUUUUGCAAGAAAUUUGAAAAUAAGCUGAAGGAGAUGAAUGAAAAUUAUAACAAAAAUAUAAAAAUUCAAAGAGAUGAAAAUAAUCAAUUAAGGCAUGAAAAUACCAAGCUUAAGCAACUUGUAGGGCUACAGUCAUAUGAGUUUCCAAAAGAAUUAAAAAAUUUUUGGGAUAACUCAGAACAGCUUGACAGCAGAAUUCAAGAAAUUGAGCUUGAAAAUCAAGCUAAAAUUGAUAAAAUUGAGGGAGAAAAAAUAAAAGCUGAAGAAACUGCAGAAAUAUGGAAAAAAGAAUUAGAAGAGUUAGCAAGAUUCGCUAUAAACCAAAAAUCUGCCAAAAAGCUGCCAAUAUCUCACAAUAAAACCCAGACAACCCUAAAAAUGCUUUCCCCGAGCUCAAAAUCUCCUAAAAACAUAAUAAACCGAAGAGAAACCAAAGAAUUUACUUUUAAUAAAAAUUUACCUGAAAAACAGUCAGGAGUCGAUAUAAUCAGAUCAAAAUCUAUUGAAGCUAAAAAAGCAUUAAAUUACUAUUAUCUUUUAAAAAAUAAAGAAGAUUUAACUGAGAAACUAGCUGAUAGAGAGUCAGAGAUAUCAUUAUUACGAAAGAAAAUCGCAGAAACCAAAAUCAGUGCCCCAUCAUCUCCUAUGUCCCAAAGUUUUGUUAAAAUAGGGUCUGAGAGUACAGCCCCAUCAUUUAUUUUUGGUAUGAAAGGAUAUCCACAUGAUGAGGCACCAUAUAAAAUUGAUCAAGAUCAUCAUCAUCAUCAAUUAUUCAGCAGGUAAGCCUGCAGCAAACCCUUAUGGGUUUUUUUGUUAAUAAUUUCCUUUUCUUCCUCAUUUUCCAUCCUUCUUUUUUCCUUUCACUCUCCUCUCUCAAUUUCUCCAUUAGCUUCUUCUUCUUCUUCUUCAGUGCCUCCAUCAGUUCAUCUUCAGAAUCUCCUUCAAUUUUGCCUGCUUCAAUCCACCUUCACUUGCUGCUGCUUCAUGCUGCCUUUUGUUUCUCCAGUGUUUUUUCUUUCGCUCUAUUAUGGCCUCAUUUUUUAUUUUCUUCUUUCUUGCCUUCCACAUCAUCUUACUUCUUCCAUCUUCUGUCAAAAUUGUGCCGAGAAAUUUGUUUGAGAAUUUGGUUGGCAUUUCUGUUGGUUUCUGUUUGAAAUUCUAUUGAGCUUCUUGUUUGAAUUUCUUUUGCGAUUUCUUUUGAGUUUUCUGUUGAGAUCUUCUAAAAGGAUCCGAGAUCUUCUAAAAGGAUCCCUUUGAGAUUUCUGCAGGUGUUUUUAGGUUCCCUUUUUGAUCUUUUCUUGGGGCUUGUGCUGGUGUCUCUGUUGGAUUUCAAUUGGAAUAUCUGUCGAGGAUGCUGUUGGGAUUUUGUUGAGUUUUAUAGGCAUUUUUGAGAAUCCUGUUAGAAUUUUUGUUGAGGCUGCUUUUGAGCUUUUUGCUGAAAUUUCUGUUGAAGUUUCUGUCUGGAUAUCUUUCGGUCUUUUUGUUAACGUUUUUGUUGGUAUUUCUGUCUUUCCUGCCAUUAUUUCUAUUUCAAUUGCCCUGACGGAGUGAGUGGUCAGGAUUGUUUCUCCGUAAUCCAAGACUUCUCAAUGCAAUCCUGCAAGCAACUUUACUGCCAUCUCGAGUUCUUCAUUUUCUUCACUCAGUUCUUCUCUUCAACUGCCAUCUUCUUCCCAAUUUUUAUCAAUUUCUUCAUCACAAAAUUCAUCAUCUUCGAAUAAUCUCAGAAACACUAAGGCUUUUUCUAAGUUACCGCCGCAUGCAUUCAGCGCCAUCUUUGCUUUUUCUUCCUCGUAGCCUAGCUCCAUCAAGAUUCCUUCAUCAAUCAUUAGCAUCUCUAUCGCAUCAAGUUCUCUCAUUUCGUCUUCCUCUUCACUAGAAUCAUAAUAAAACUUGUUUAUGUCAGCUAUUUUCUUAGGUUUUUCCGCACCAAUGCUGAAUCUCCAAUCAGAAAUUGAAGCCGCCUUAGAUGGUUUUUGUCCCUUUGGAAAUGCUUCCAUUGAAAAAAUAAAAAGUAAAUUGAUCAAGAUCAGUAUAUUUAUCUAGCUGAAUAUGCAUAAUUAUUUAAUAAUUAAGAAUUACCAUUUUUAAUAAGCUAAAGCGUAUAUGAUGCUGAAAAAAUGCCAAAAAAUUAUUAAUUCUGCAUAUGCAAUUGAAUGCGAAAAUUGUCGCAAUUUAUAUAUCACUCAAAAGUUUUACCCUCAUUUACAAAAGUGCAAGAACUUAAGCGUAAAUGAUAUUUAA